UCUGGCGCUCCGCAACCUCCGUGUGCGGCAGCGGGGGCUGGCGGCCUCGGGCCCUGCUCGGCCCCCUCCUCCAGCCCCAUGCCUCAGCCCUAACCCCGCCGCCCUCCCCCGCGGGGGGCCUUUCCCCGUGCCCCCUGCCCACCCCGUCCGAGUCAGGCGCCAUGAACGACCAGUACCACCGGGCGGCCCGGGACGGCUACCUGGAGCUCCUCAAAGAGGCCACCAGGAAGGAGCUGAACGCCCCCGACGAGGACGGCAUGACUCCCACCCUCUGGGCUGCCUACCACGGCAACCUGGAGUCGCUGCGGCUCAUCGUGAGCCGGGGGGGUGACCCAGACAAGUGUGACAUCUGGGGCAACACGCCCCUGCACCUGGCAGCUUCCAACGGCCACCUGCACUGCCUGUCCUUCCUGGUGUCCUUCGGGGCCAACAUCUGGUGCCUGGACAACGACUACCACACGCCGCUGGACAUGGCCGCGAUGAAGGGCCACAUGGAGUGCGUGCGCUACCUGGACUCCAUCGCCGCCAAGCAGAGCAGCUUCAACCCCAAGCUGGUGGGCAAGCUGAAGGACAAGGCCUUCCGCGAGGCCGAGCGGCGCAUCCGCGAGUGCGCCAAGAUGCAGCGCAAGCACCACGAGCGCAUGGAGCGGCGCUACCGCCGCGAGCGGGCCGAGCGCUCCGACGCGCUCAGCUUCUCCAGCCUCACGUCCAGCACCCUGAGCCGCCGGCUGCAGCACCUGGCGCUGGGCAGCCAGCUGCCCUACUCGCAGGCCACGCUGCACGGCACGGCCAGGGGCAAGGGCAAGAUCCAGCGGAAGCUGGAGCGGCGCAAGCAGGGCGGCGAGGGCACCUUCAAGAUCUCCGAGGACGGCCGCAAGAGCGUGCGCUCGCUCUCGGGCCUGCAGCUGGGCAGCGACGUGAUGUUCGUGCGCCAGGGCACCUACGCCAACCCCAAGGAGUGGGGCCGCUCCCCGCUCCGGGACAUGUUCCUCUCGGAUGAGGACAGCGUCUCCCGUGCCACGCUGGCGGCCGAGCCUGCCCACUCGGAGGUCAGCACCGACUCAGGCCACGACUCCCUGUUUACCCGCCCGGGCCUGGGCACCAUGGUGUUCCGCAGGAACUACCUGAGCAGCGGGCUGCACGGGCUGGGCCGCGAGGACGCCGAGGGCGCCCCGCGAGGCCGGCUGCAGAGCUCCCCCAGCCUGGACGACGACAGCCUGGGCAGUGCCAACAGCCUGCAGGACCGCAGCUGCGGGGAGGAGCUGCCCUGGGACGAGCUGGACUUGGGCCUGGAUGAGGACCUGGAGCCCGAGACCAGCCCCCUGGAGACCUUCCUGGCCUCCCUGCACAUGGAGGACUUCACCUCCCUCUUACGGCAGGAGAAGAUCGACCUGGAGGCCCUGAUGCUGUGCUCCGACCUUGACCUCCGCAGCAUCAGCGUCCCCCUGGGGCCCCGCAAGAAGAUUCUGGGGGCCGUGAGGAGGAGGAGGCAGGCGCUGGAGCGCCCACCAGCCCUGGAGGACACGGAGUUAUAACAGAGGGCUCCUCUCUCCAAACCAAAAUGAAUUGCAUGUUGCCACAACCCACCGUGGGACCAUGAGGUCCUCACAGUUGCCAGCCCUGAAGCCCCCCGGCCCCUCCCCAGGAGCAAAGACCAUGUGGAUCAUCUUUGAAAGCCUGUCCACACUCCACAUGCAGGUGUAGCCUGGAGGUACCAGCAAGGGGUCCUGAAGCCCUUGAGCCACACCCAUCCGAAUGCCCCUAAAGGACAUGUGGAUUCUUGGGACACCAGCCCCAGAGGAAGGGCAGGGAACCCCUGGGGCCCCAGGGAAUAGAUGACAUGCCCAUUAGAGCUGAAUGGGAGUGUGGGGGGUGGGCAUGGCCUGUUCCAAGGGCCAUUGUCUCUCCCCACACUCUCCUCCAAGCAUCCUGUUGUUGUGCUCAGGCUGGAGACUUGCUCAUAUCCUACAUAUUUGUGAAGGGAAGAGUUUGGGCUGCCUCCCCUCCCCCCAUACACCUUAGAGAGGAGGUUCCUAGCUAGACUCUUCAGCCAAAUGCUCUGACUGUAGGUAGUCCCCACCCCCAUCCCAAGCACAGCCAGCCCCCAUCCCCGUGUCCUUCCCCUACUGGACAUGCUGGGGAGUUGGGGUGCCAGGCCGGGGUGAGGGGGCGGUGAAUGGCCCCCUUACCAGUUCACCUUGUGGCAGGGCCCAGCCUGACUCUGCUCUCCUCACUCUGCCCUCGUCCACCCUGCCUCCACCCUGGUCCCUCCAUGGACCCCAGAGGGUCAGGGCAAUAGAUGUAAGGUGCUAGAGCAAUGAGCUGCAGUAUUAGGGCCCUUGGCCUGGUGGGCGUGCUCUGGGGUAGAGAAAAGGCAGCUGCCAACUGCCUCAGUGGCUGCCAGCCCAGAGACAGGCGGAGACUGGGCAUGGCUGGGUGUCUAGCCUCUUCUGGGCCAGUCCUGUGAUAUGGACAGUGGAAGAGCCUGAGGAUGUCGAUUAUCUAAGCUCCCCGGGUCUCUGUGCAUGUUUGUGUGUUGAGGGCUGCUGGAUGGAUUUGCCUCCGGGUCUGGAGGCAGAGGGGCAGCUGCAUGGUUCUGCGUGGGUAGUUGGUCAUUGAGAGCUCAGCAUGUGUCCCUGCUCUGUGAUGACACCAGUGAGACCAGGAGAAAGGCCAGCCCCAGGUGGUCCUCAGACAUGUGUCCUCAGUUUUCCAGUUGGACUGAGGUCACAGAUGUGGGGGAGAGACUCAGGGGCCCCCUUACAUGUGUGGGCACACACACCCUCCUCCUCUGUCAGCAAUGAGCCUCCAUCCCUGACCCUCAGCUUGGGAAGCAGCUCCCAUGGGAGCACUGCCACAGCCCCCACCUCUUUCCUGGACCCCCUUGGCCGGGUCAGGAGACAAGAAAACCCCCAGAGAAUGCCACAGGCCUCCAUCUGGCGUGUCUGUGUGUGCGUCCAGAGCGGGGGCCACAGUGGAGGUGGUUUCUGUUUCCACACUGCAGGCUUGGCUGCCUGCCACUGCCACCCUGAGCCCACCCCAGUCCUUUUCCCUGUUCUCUGGGCCUGGGCCUGGGGCCACCCCCAAGUGCCGACUCGACUCUCUCAGAGCCCAGGUGCUGCCCUUUCUCUUCUGUUCUCUGUCUGUGUCCUGCCUCAGCCUCCUCCCCAUUCUCCCAGUGCCGGAGUGGGGCAGGCUCUGGGAUUCCCACUGCUGUACGAAGUACACCUCCCACAGGCUCAUUAUAACUUUUGUAGAAAAUGUUCUGUAUCACAGUCGCGCCUGCGUCUCAUCCUUUAAUCACUUGAGGGUGGAAGAGGGAGAAGGUCUUUCUGUACCUAAAAGGACUUGGUCCUCGUGGCCCCCCUGGAGGGGGUCACGGGACGGAUGGGUGAGCAUUCCGUCCUUGUGUAUCCCUGCAUAGCCUUCCCUCAUCCCUGGGCCUUCAUCCUGCUCUCUCUGGGCCCAGAAUUUGGAGCUGAUGGAGAGAGAAUGUCCAAAAGAACCGGGGAAGGAGAGCCAGAAGCUGAGUGAGGAGGAUGGUCCAGGCCCCAGCCCUGUCCCCAGAUCCUGCAGCUGCUGAGGGCACGAGGACACUUUCUCCCUUCCCAGCAGGGCCCGCCUGGCCUUCUCCAGAUGGGCAGACGCUGUACCUAAGGAGGCUGCCACCCACCUCCCAGGCCCCAUAAGCCCUCAUCUCAAGGCCUCCUGCCCACCCUGGGAGGCCAUAAAUGUGGUCCCCAUUUCCCUCACCAGCCUGGGCAGCUCUUGGGGCAGCCCUGUUUAGAACCCCCUUCCUCCCCAGGGGGUAAGGCUUCCCCUUGAGCUGGAAGACAGUGGCCUCUGUUUGCUCAGUCAAGUCCCGAAAGGGCCCCCUGAGUCAUUUUAUUUCAUUCCCUAAGGAUUCUGGGUCAAGUGCUUCUGCCAAAGGGAGUGCAAGGCAGCUCCCUCCCUCCAGCAUCCAACAGAAAGGUCCAGAGGAUAUCCCAGGGGGAAGGUUGCUUAGCAACCAUCUGGGGUUCUAGGUC